AUGGACCACAAGGCAGGAUUCCGUAGGGAGCAGACAAUCGCUGGUGAGAAGGCAGGCGGGGCCCAUGGGCCUCUCCGUGCCCCGGUGCACAUUAGGGUCUCUGCGCGAUUCGAUUACCAGCCGGACAUAUGUAAGGACUACAAGGAGACAGGAUACUGUGGCUACGGUGAUUCGUGCAAGUUCAUGCAUGACAGAGGAGAUUACAAAAUGGGUUGGCAGCUGGAGCGAGAGUGGGAUGAGUCGGAGAAGGCAAGGAAGAGGGCCUUGGCGCUUGGUGGUGGGGAAAAUGACGAGGGUGGCAUGGAUGAUGGGGACAGCGAAGAUGAUGAUGCCUUGCCAUUUGCCUGUUUCAUAUGCCGGGAGCCAUUUGAGGAUCCGGUUGUGACCAAGUGUAAACAUUAUUUCUGCGAGCAUUGCGCCCUAAAGGUAGGAGAGUUCAUUUGAUUGAAUCUCCUUUUCCUUCCCAGAAUCAGAAUUUAAAGGCUUUACCGUCAUACAGAGGGUGAUUACGUAUAGAUUGAAUUUAGGUUAUAUGAUCUCAGUAGAUGGUAACUUCCUGCUAAGUAACUCUGUACUGUGUUUAAUUUCUUGCUUUGGCUGUCACAUUUUGUUUUUGGUGUACGGUUCUGGACUUCAUUAAUGAAAAAUGCCUGCACAUGUAACAUAAUAAGGAACCUUCAAAGGCUACCUCAUUGGGGACGUGGCAUGCACUAUAUUUACCAUAGCAUCGUGGCAUCUUUGUUCAUUAUCAAAUACAAGAUUGGGAAUUAACUGAAGGUGGAAUCCUUCCCCUGCAAAUAUUAGCCCAAAAGAAUGCACUAAUUUCUAACUUCCAGCUUGUUACCCUAAUUAAACCAACUAUUCUUUUAAGUGCCUAUAAUCCCUGAAAAUAUGAUUUACGCUCUGUACCCCAGUCUUUCUGCCGUGUUUCUUUUAAAAACUGGCUUGCAUAUUUCUUAUUCUCGAGAACCCUAUCCAACAGAAUCUUCGGACCCAUCUACUGACUCUCCUUCCCUUCAUGAAGUCCCUCGUAAGCAUAUGGAAUGUAGUUCUUUCUUCCCGAGGGUUGAGGAAGCUUAACAUAUGAUUAUUUCUUCUCAAGGCUCGAUGAGGCAAGGUGUCUGACGGAACAUCACACUUUAGUUUUGAACUCUUGACUCCAUCUCAUAGCUUCAAAAUUACUGGUACAGAUUGAAAUAGGGGAAGCUGGGAAAAAAAUUGGGCCUUGAAUCCCCACAAGCAACAAAAUCCAGAAUCUUCAUGUUCACAACGAUCGAAAUAGAGGCUCCCUUCAAUCCACUGCGGGUUCCUUGAAUCCACAGAGAGAGAGAGAGAGAGAGAGAGCCCAGAAUACUUUAGGUAGAUGAAAAGAAGAUUUUAAUUCUUUUCAGAAUUUGUUCUUCUUUCUGCAGUGUACGCCUCUUCAAAUAGAUAAAAACUAGUUGUAGGUCUGCUAAAAAAGAAGAUCCGAUAAGAAAAUAUGCCAACAUAUAAGAUUUCCUUCAUAAAAGAGAAAAAUUACCACGGCUACGCAAGCAAAUUUCAUUUUGGGCCUUAUGAACCUUCUAAAUUACUUAAUGUAAAUCUUAUUUGCUUUUAUCCUUUCGGACCUGCUGGACUGCGCCAUUUAGGCCUUUUCAAUUUAUUGGGAAUUUUUUCUACAUCAUAGAGACUCCAAAAAUUGUAGCUAGCCACUGUUAUUGUGGAAGAUGGAACUUGUCCUUUUUGCUAUGCUAUUUUUGAGAGUGCUUUGUCUUCAUUAUUUGUACUUAUACAAUCUCUAUCUAAGUUAUCCUUCUGUUCUCUAUCUUCUGUUGCUCAUUAAAUUUUUCAAUCUUGUUCAAAAUCUUUUUUAGUACUCGAAAGAGGAAAUAGAUGAGUGGUGUCACAUAUAUUCUGAACUAUGGAGCAUAGGGUAGGGGAUAAGUUAUGUUAAAAGGGAGGUCAAUCUUUUCCUUUUUCCUUGUUGGGAAAACUCUGACAUCAUUUGAAAAAUAUUUUUGAAUGAAAACUGCCAAUAGUUACUGUUGUGCUACUUUCCCGAUGGGGAUGCCUAGCAAGGGGACAUGAAAAUUUUCAAUUUAGAUCAGAUCAUAUCAAUCGUUUCAAAUGAUUCGUUGAUUUAGGAUAUUUUAGGGAGCUAACUAGACGUCUGGAUUUCCCACUGUGCAUCGGAUGAACACCUUUAUCAAGUGGCCAUUUAGGUUUAGAGAGCCCAUAUAUUUUUUAUGAUGUCGUAGUUGUGUCAGGUUCUCUUUUGUUCAUUCUCACCAUGACUGGGUCCCUUUAAAAAACAAACUGUGAUUGUGUCCGUCCUGUCAUUAGCCCAUGAAGAGCGAAAGUGGCUAUGGAUUUUUUUCUAGACUUUUAUUAGCCGAACAAAAGAGGAAGACAGAUUAGUCAGAAAAACUCUGGUAAAUUAUGGGUUCGGAUCAUUGACUAGGCGAAUAGAAUUCAUACUUGUCCUUAAGAUGCUAGCUUAACCAUUGCGCAUUUUACACUUCUGUUACUAGUUAUUUACUUGCACAAGGAUAUAUAGAAGAAGAGUGCUCUAGGCAUACAAUUUAAUGAAAAAAUUGUAGGGAUAUAUUUUUAAUUUCACACACCAUUGCGCAUGUGAUGGUGGUUUACACUGGACAUGUGAAGAAGAGUGAUGCUCUAGGCAUACAGUUCCUUUUGCUACCAAAUUCUCAAUGUGAACGUUUGUGACAAUAUGCCUUUACUCUUCUCCACUUGUUCUUGACAGCUUCCCCGUUCCAUCUGGUCACUGUGACACUCUCUAUACUGAUUCUUUCCUCUCAUCCCCUUCUCUGCUCCCUAAUUUAGGGUAUAUACAGUAGAAAAGGCUUCUUAUCUAGGAAAUAAUUUCUCCAAUGUGGGAAUAAUGGCAUUGGUCUUGAGAUCCUUGUAUUCAGGAUGCAUCGUUCUGUUAGUUUUUUAGGAUUAUCAACUGCGUGAUCAUUCAACAUUAUCAGCCUUUUACUAAUGUGAUUCGAUUGUAUCUUUUGAAGAUGUGGUUAAAACAACAUGCCAUUAAUUAAUAAGAAAAUAAGUAUUCAUCAGCUUGUACUAUUUCCCUAUCCUCCCCCAGAGUGCACAUCGGAGAAACCACCCUGCUACAAACUGUAAACCCUCUGCUUCUGUUCAACGUAGCUCAGCUCAGUAGCCUGCCACAGAAUCUCCCAUUACAAUCCUGAACAUGGUCUAAUCCAUUGAUCUGGUGUGAGUGAAGCUGGCUUUGUCUCUGCAGCUGUUGCACGUUCCUUUGAUCUAUCUCCGUAUCUACCUUCUCCUCUGAAGCAAGACAACCAUAACCAUCCAAGAAGAAACCUGGAAUUUUGGUAGCACGUAUAUGUAUUCAGUUCACCUGCAGUUCUUCGCUUUGAGUCACACUAAAUGUCCAGAAUGUUUUCCUUUGGUGCCUGAGCUUGUUAUCCAGUUGAUAUGAACAUGUCUUCUCCCGUGGAUGGUGCUGCAUAGAACUCUCUCCGAAUAACUUUCAUUGAUUUCGCUCUCACUUUCGUUCAAGAUUCUUUUCUGGAUCUGGCUCGGGCAUAACGAGUCACCUUCAGAGUAGAGUGAUGGAUGAGUAAUACUUGUUAUUUAUGAUCAUUGCAGCACUACCAGCGGAGCAAGAAGUGCUUCGUCUGCAACCAGCCGACCCUGGGCAUCUUCAAUACCGCCCAUGAGAUCAAGAAGAGGAUGGCUGAAAGCAAAUAG